CGAUAUUAACAGAAUAAUCGAAAACGGCGUUGUAUAAAGGAGAAGCGUGAGUCACUUAAAGAAACGCGUAAAGGAAAACACGAGAAAAAGGAGUUAUAUCUCAGCUGGAUUCAACCAACCCGAAGACGACACGUGGCGGAGCAGUUGGAGCUAAUUAUAGUUGAGGAGUGUUAGUUUUUCUAUAAAUAGUAGUUUAGGCAUUGUUAAUAAUGGUCUAAGAAGGGGAGAGAAAUAUCUCCUCUGUAAUCCAAUUCUUCGACACUUGAAUAAUAUCUGAUUUGGGAAAAGGGGAUUGAGUUCUUAACAAGUGGCCAUCAGAGCACGAUCAUGGCACCACAAGCAAAUCCAAACCUUAAGGAAUGGCGAAGAACAAUACACGAGUAGAAGCAAUGGAACAGCAGCUGGGGGCGAUGGAAGAUCAGUUGAAAUCAAUGGAGCAGCAUGUAGCGAGUUUAUUUGGAGGGCAACAAUCACUACGUACGGAAUUAACGACAGAAUUUGAAGAGAAGAUUGCAGAAGCCACUCGGAAAUCGGAGUCGCGGUUUGAUGAAAUGGCCAAACGGUUUGAUGAAUUAGGGCGUCUCAUGGCGGGAAUGCGUGGUAAGGAUUCAGCCGUCAAUGGAGGUUCACCAUCUAACACCAACGUCGCGGCGGCGCGUGGGCGUCCAGAAGCCAAUAUACCCUAUACCAUUCCCAUGCACCGGCAGGGAGGGAAAUCGUACAAUUUUGGAGGCAAUUCCACUUCGGUUCAAAAAGUUCCUAAAUUGGAUUUUCCUCGAUUCAAUGGGGAUAAUCCUCGUGGAUGGAUCCGAAAAUGUCAGAAGUAUUUUUCGAUUAACCGAAUGGUGGACCAAGAGCGUAUUGUUUGGGCAUCAAUGCACAUGGAAGGUAAGGCAGAUCAUUGGUUUGCCGAUUAUUUGGAAGGUAGAGAUUCUGUAGAUUGGCACAUAUUUGAGACAUAUUUCAUCAAUAGUUUCAUUAGUGGUUUAAAGGAUGAAAUCAAGAGUAUGGUAAGACUGCUCAAACCUCAGACAUUGAAGGAAGCUAUGAGCAAGGCAAAGUUGCGGGAAAAAGCCAUAGACUAAUUGAAUAAGAGCUUAAGGCAGAUGCAAAUAAAUACUGGGAUGACACACCCCACUCGAACUAAUAAGAGUGUGUAUAGUGAUUUCUCAGUUAAACACAACCCUACGGUGGAAGAAGAAUCUACACAAGUGAAGAGACUAUCUACUGCAGAAUGAGAAGAGAGAAAGAAAAAGGGCCUUUGCUUCAACUGUGAUGAGAAAUUCACUUACGGUCACAAGUGCAAAAGAGUUUUUAUAAUACUAGGAAGGUGGACGUGUGUUGCACAUCUUCUGUCAAUUUAAUCGGGUUUUUGGAGUAUAUUAAUAUUAUUAUCUAGU